AUGCUAGCGGCCUUUGGCGAUGGCGGAGUCAUUCCAGCGAAUUGUGUCCCAACAACAGGAACGGAUGCAGAUGAGUGGAACGGAGUGCCAGAGAUGCAUUACUUCGGAAUGAUUGGCUUCGACUGUAGUUUCAAUCACCUGGCUUUUGCAGUAGGUGAGACAAUUGACUGGACCUUUCCAACUGGCAACACUUGUGUGGGUGAUGGGGAUCUUGAUGUUGGCCUCACUUCCAUCAAGUGCAUGUUCCUAAUGGACUGUGAGCUUGGGACCACCACCACCACAACGGCUUUGGAAGUUACCUCCACAACGAGCAUGAGCUCCACAAAGACAACCGGGACGGAAACAGCCACCACGACAUGGACGAGUACAAGUGCCUCUCUCACUUCCACAAGAACAUGGACCACUACAAGCGCCACAUUGACUUCCACAUGGACUUCCACAUUGACUUCUACAUUGACUUCCACAAUGACACACACGGCUACGGCCACAGCCACAUCAACGAUUUCAAGCGCAACAUCGACGUCCACCAGGUCAGCUACCUCUACCACUACAAGCGAAGUGACACUUACCAUGACCGCAUCCAGCCUAACUGCAACAACCACAGGCACAACAACAACGGCAACAGUUACCAUCAGCAGCACCGUCUCCACCAUCACUGCUACAUCAGCAACAACUUCGCAUACACUCACGGCCACCACUGAGACAACUGCCACUCAGACAACCGUUACAACAGUUACUACCACCACUGAGAGUACCGUCACAACAAUCACUAGCACGACUCAGACAAUUGUCACAACUUCGGCCACUGAUACAAGCAUCACGGCCUCCACCACAGGCACUAGAACCUCAGACAUUGCAACAGUGACCCGUACAGAAACUAUGGCAACCAGUACGUCAACCGUGAGCAGUCCUAUUAUCGCAGCCACAAGCACAACUGUAGAUUCUACAGCGAAUAUUACACUGGUGGAUACAACCGUUUCAUCCAGCACUGUCAGCGCCUCGGAUGUAACGACAACGACAGCAUCCAAUGAGACUGCGCCAUCAACGACCUCUGUCUCCGCUUCCGACAUCUGCUCGGAGCCGCCAAA